AUGCAGGCCACCUCGGCCGUGGAAGCGCCAUCUCAGACUUCAUUUCUGCUGACCGACCAGCCCGCCGCAGGCCGACACCCUUCCCCGUCCGCAAAGCUGAGCAUGAGGCUUCCGCCAUCUGGGCUCAACAUGCCCACCCCAAAUGGCCUCCUCGACGCGGGCGGCUCAUCGACCAUGCCAUCGACGGCAGUCCCAGCCGCAUCACAGUCGCCCCACGCAAAGAUCGGCGCCACAACACGCGCUUCGCCGAGCAAUAGCCACGGCCCUGGUAACCCGCGUGAGGGCGUCGCAAAGCCCGCGAGGCUCGCUGCCCCAGGUGGCAUGAGCCUGCCUCCGGAAGCCUUCACCCCGUCCGGAGGUCCGAAUCCCUGGGCGGCCUUGGCUCCACCCACUGCCGGCGCCGGGUCCAGCGCCGUGCCCGACUACUUUUCCAGCGUGCACAUCCCGGACGCCGGCGGCUCCAGCGGAUCCGGUGGGAUGCGGAUAGCCAGCCCCUUCGCGCUGCCGUCCAGCGGCGCCAAGACACCCUUCGAGCCCGCCGGCUCGGAGCCACACCCUUGGGCGGGCUUGUUUGGCGACUCUGGCAUGAAGACAGCGCUGCCGGACCACGGGCUUAAUCGAACGUCAUCGACUUCGGCAUUCGCGAUACCGCCAACGCCGGCUGCCAACGCCGAUUCCGUCCCGCAGAGGCAAACGCCGGGGACGGGACUGCGGCUGCCAAGCUCCACUUUGCCCGCUGUCAACUCGCUCAAGCUUCCGGGUCCGUUUCAGUCCGGCGGCGCUUCUGCCACCUCGUCGGCCGCCUCGGGCACGUCGAGGGCUGCCUCUAGUAGAACCGGUAGUGGCGGUGGCGAAGAUUUCAGCCGCUUCAAGGCGCUCGACGUCGAAGGGCUGGCAAAGGCCCUGUCGCCCCCUUCCUGGGCCACCGAGACCAAGGGCGGCACGAUUGCCGACGACGUACUCGUCCUCGAUAUUCGGCCCUCGACCUCUUUCCAGACGGCCAGGAUCCAUGCCAGCAUCAACAUCUGCGCGCCGAGCACGUUGCUCAAGCGCCCCGGCAUCACCGUGGAGCGCAUCGAGCAGGACAUGCUCGCUGGCGCACGGGAGCGGAGGCGGUUCAUGCGGUGGCGAAAGGGGCCGCUGCGCUCAGAAAAGGGCGGGGCUCAGGACGCGCCCAAAAAGGCGGCCACCAUCCACACCACUGACGAGUCCGGCAUCAACAAGAUCAUCGUGCUCGAUACAGACACGGCCAACGUCGGCGAUGCGGGCAACGCCACGGCCGGCGGCGGUGGCCCGUGCCUGAUCGGCAUGCUCAAGAAGUUCGAGAUUGCCGGGUUCGCGGGCGAGCUCUGCUGGCUGCGCGGGGGUUUCAAUCGCCUCGUCUCGACGGCGCUGGGCAAAUCGCUCAUAGAGUCUGGGCCUGCCGCGCACGGCAAUGCGCACGACAUCGGCGAAGAUAGCGAAGACGCACCCACUUCCGUUUUCCAGGACCGCUCGGCCAUUUCUUCGCCCAUGCAGCUUCAGCCUCCGUCAUCGCAGCCCUCCCGGCCGUCAUCUAUGGACUCGGCACGCAAGGGAUCGCUCGUGAGGCCCAGGGGCCUGCCGAUGGAGGCCUUCCAGGCGCAGAGCACCGUCGCGGGCUGGCCGGGGAUGUCGCAGUCGGAGCGACCCGGCCGGUCAGGCAAUCCCAUUGAGGCUGUUGGUCCCCAAGCCGGCGAGCGCGCGCCUGGAGAAGCACAGAGAAACGCCUGCGCGAACCCGUUCUUCGACAACAUCCGGCAGAACCGCGAGCUGGCUCAUGGCAUCACGGAGAAGAUUCCCAUGGACCUGCCGAAGCUAUCGCCCUCUCAGGUUGAGGCGCUGCCGCGUUUCCUGCGCGAGCUGGUGCAACGGCCGUCCGAGGAGAGGGCCACCACGCUGGCGCAAGGCUUCUUUGAGGUCGAAAAGGCCGAGCAGCAGCGCCUCAUGGCGACAAUGCAGCAGCACGCCGCGGAGUCGGGUCAGGACCCAAGGGCCCUGCGGGAAAAGACCCUGACAGCGGCGGCCGGUGGCAGCGAUGACGGCACGUCCCAGAUUCGCCCGCUGUCGCCCUCCUCGGCCGUCGACGAGCUGGCGCAGUCGUCCCAGCAGCACCACAGGUUCCCCUUCAGCAUCUCCGCUGCUCUGGAGCGCGGCGCCGACAACCGCUACAACAACAUCUGGACCUACGAGCACAGCCGCGUCAGGCUGUCAAAGCCCCAGGUGCGCGACGACCCGGGCUCCGACUACCUCAACGCGUCCUUUGUUGCGCCUGCCAAGCGGUUUGGCAGUCGGCGCAAGUAUAUUGCCACGCAGGCCCCGCUGCCUUCGACGUUCGAGGCCUUCUGGACGACGAUCUGGGAGCAGAACAGCCGGGUCAUUGUGAUGCUCACCCGCGAGCACGAGAGCGGCCGGCUGCAGAGCCACCCGUACUGGAACGACUCCGGCUACGGCGAAUCGAUCCGCAUCGACAAGAUCGAGGAGGUCGUGCUCGACGAGCACGGCAAGGCGAUGGGCAAGGAUGAGUCUCGCGGCGUGCUGCAGCCGGCUUCGAGCGGCGGCGGCCUCUUCUCGAAUAUGGCGAUGUCCUCGUCGAGCGAACCGAAGCCAUCGACGUCGCCUUCGGCCGGUACUCCCACUACGAUUCGGCGCACGUUUCGGCUCCGCAACCUGGCCGAGCCAUCUGCGCCGCCGCGCCGCAUCACGCAGCUGCAGUACAUUGCGUGGCCCGACUACCACAUCCCCGACAGCCCCGACUCGAUGCUGGACCUGAUGGACGCUGCCGACGCUCUUCAGGACGAGGCGGACCGAGAGAUGCGGCAGACGGCCAUCAGCUCCGGUCAGUCGGCCUCGCUCGAGCAGGCGCACGCCGGGCCGAUGGUGGUCCACUGCUCGGCGGGCGUGGGACGCACGGGCGCGUUCAUCGUCAUUGAUUCGGCGCUCGACGUCCUGCGGCGGCAUCGCAGGCGACAGGGCGCGAGUCUCAGCGAUGCCGAAAGCGAACGCACUUGGCAGAAUCUUACGGCUGCUGAGGAUGUUGGCAAGCAGGGCGAGGAAGGAGCGCGGAUGCCGGACAUCGACAUGCCACUUGCCACGCCAUCGCGGAGAAGAUCGCCACGCCGGAGUCUCAAGCGCGAGCUUUCGCCCACGGGCAUGGAUCUCGACGGCAACCUGGACGAGUACCACCGCGAUGUAUCGUCACCGCCACCGACUCUGCGGACCCGAUCGAGCGACGGCGGCAGUGCGACUCAUGAGGGCGGCCUCGACGUGGGAUCGUGGUCGUCGUCGAGCAGCUCGGCAGCGGGCACGCCCUCGAGGGCGUUCGGUUCGUUGCAGAUCGCCUCGGCCGCCUCGCCUGGCGUGGUGAAUCCGUUUGCGGCCAAGUUUGCUGCUUCGCCCUUCAACCUCGACGGCGCCAACUCAUCGGCGGCGGACGUCUCGACGUCUUCCGUCGACACAGUCGGGCGCGAUCGCGGACCGUCGCGCUUUCUCUUUGGCGCCUCGUCGUCGAGCGUCAACUCGGCAUCUUCGUCCUCGGGCGUCGCCGGUCAGCCGCCGCAGCCGCAGCCGCAGCCGCAGCAGCAGGCGACGACCUCGUCGGCAAAUGACUAUCGCGGUGCGACGGGCUCUUCGCCCUUUUCCGAAGCCUCGGCGCCCGUGUUCCCGACCGGCCUCUCGUCUGCCCGAUCGUCGUUUUCCUCGACGAGCGCCAACGACAAGCCGAGGAUCGAGCUGGAGCGUUCGGCGUCGUCGUUCAGCCAGGCCUCGACGUGCGAGUCGUCGGUGGCCGAGUCCCAGGCCGGCGAGGCCAUGAACCCGUUCGAGAAGGCCAUGGCACCCAGCGUCACCAGCACCGCCAUCCCGGGCCACGAACUGGCGUCGGCAUCGGCCGAAGCGCGGGCAAAGGACAGGUCGGGAAGCGGGAGCAACGAGCCCACCCCUUUCCCCACGUACCUCCCCAACGGUGCCGCCCCCGUCUCGGCCGACGAUGAAACGGCCAGGCGGACGGCCGAGGCGCUCGAGGGCGGCGAGGACGUCAUCCGCAAGACGGUGGACACGGCGCGCGAGCAGCGCAUGAGCCUGAUUCAGACGGGUCGGCAGUACGUCUUUGUCUACUCGGCCGUGCUGGCCGCGCUGCUGCGCGACAUUGAGAGGGAAAAGAGCCGCCGCGCCCAGCGAGGGUGA